CGGCCGGCGCUGCCCCGCCCCCCGCCCGCGCGUUGCCCCGGUAACCGCGGCAGCGGGAGGGCGGCGGCGCCGAAGCGGCCGCGGGGCGCCGAUGCGGGGCGCGCGGUCCCUGGCGGCGGAGGGGCGCCGCGCCGGCCAUGAGCCCCGCCGAGCGGGGACCCGCCUCGGGGCACGGCCCGGGGGGCGCCGCGGCACCCUGCUGCUGCGGCGGCGGCGAGCUGCGGCCCGUGCGCGCCCUGCGCCGCCUCAGCGAGCGCGUCGCCGCCGAGGAGGCCCGGGCUGCCACCGCGGCGCCCGGCGGCUGGGAGGAGGCUGUGCAAGGUUGGGGUGAAACUGCUCCCUUCGCCUGCUUUCAGCUGCAAAAACAAGCUAAGAAAUCAAAGGCAAAUGAAACUGUCAACAAUUGCCUGUUUUGCUCGGACAUGUUGCAGUCUCUUGACAAAAGUUUAGGCCAAGAAGUCAAGACUAGAAGAAAUCAGUCAAAAUCUGAUGGCAAGUUAAGUGAAUCAGCUUCAGAAAAGGAAGAGAUUUCAACCCGUUCUAGCAAGUCUAACUGCUAUCCUACAGCAGAUGGCAUUAAAACCGAAGUACAUCACAGCAAGUUACACUCUGUUCAAACAUCCCAAGGUGAAAAGAAGAACCUGCCAAUAAAGGAAUACUGUAUGUGGAACCUAGAUGUGAAAAAUCCAGAAGCUGUGAGGCAUAAAGAGAUAAAACCCCAGGGGCUUAAUAUCCUCGGUCCAAAUAGCUCUGCAUCUUUGACUUCAAAAUCUUUACUACUGUUUCCACCCGUGAAAGAUGCCACUCCCAAUGAUACUUCAGACCCAUCUUGGAGGAAUAAGACGACCAUUAUCUCUCAGAAAAUGCUCAGUGGUACUUCAGUUGAGAUUGCUUCCUAUAAUCAGGAUGCUAAAGCUGUAGAACAGAAGAGUAAAAAAGGAACUGAUGUCAUCAAUGAUCAAGUGAAGGAAAAAAUAGAAAUUCAUGAACUGUCAUCAUUUGUGCCAAGCCAUACGAAGGUCUCUCUCCUGCAAGAAGAUCCUGAGCAGUCACACUGGCAUUACGCUCUUGCAGCAAACAAAAAUAUUGCAACUGUUUCUAAUCCUGUUGCUCUGAGAAAGAACAGUCAUCAUGCCUGUAAGCAGCUUCCACAUACAGAAGGAAUACAACAUACAAAACAUUAUGAUAUCCAAGGCUCUUUAACCAACAAUGUCAGGAACAGAUAUGUUGAGGUCAAGCAAGAAAAAGAAGCAAAAAUACAGGAUGUCCCACCACUUUCUGGACUAUUACCUUCCUUAACGGUCAGCCGUGUUGCAAGAGCUACACUGCCGUCUAGACUGACCUAAAAUUUUAUAUUGUAAUUUCAUGCCUUUUGUUUGUUUGUUUGCUGUACAAUGAGGGAAAAAAAUGAAGAUUUCCUUGUGAGCAAUCUGGAUACAUGUAGCUUCUGUAGGUGCUAUUAAUAGCAUUAUAAGCUGCUGAAUGCCAAUUACUUUCACAUAGGUUUAGUUUCUUCUUGACCAUCAGAUAGCCCAUUAGAGCCUUAAAUAGCUUAUUCUGGGGAUGAACUGCAACCUCUUCAUUCAGAUGCAGUCUGAAUGACUAGCGUAGUCAAGCAUGGUAUUUAGGUAUUUGAUCCCACUAAGCACUAGAGCAAUGCCUGACUUUAAGAACAUUCUUAAAUCCAUGCCUACUCAACAAGGUAUUUAAGAAUAUUCUUACCUUAAGCAGUGUUUAAAUCGUAUUGAACUUCGCAGACUUUUGCAUACCUUCUUUGCUAAUUUUGUACCUAAAAGAAAGCAAACAGCAGCAGGACUGGAAGUUAUUUACAAUUAUUUGUUCUUACUAGUUUUAGAUAGACUUAUUUUUUUAAUCCCGGUAAUGUUUUAUUUGCUUGUUUCUGUUUAAUAUACACAUAGACCUUGUUUCAUCUCAUAGUAAAUAGGGGGACUUUUACAUCAAAUUCUACUUUGUUUUUGUGUUAAACAUAACAGCUAUUUGCAAAUCAAAGUAAAAUAGCAGUCUUUCCAUAGAUAGAUAACUGCAAUUUGGUUGUAAUAGCUUCGACACAUGCACAACAAAGAGCAUGCUCCUUAGCAUUCAGGACAGAGAGACACUGCAACUUAGCCUUUCCCUCUUUUGAUGCCUUGAUGGAAAUUUGGAAGUAAUAGGGAAAGAUAAUACCAGUCCAAGACUCCCAUAGCAUGAGGUUUUCACUUUAAACCAGAGCUUUAGAUUCAGGAAUUCAUUGUCUUUUCAGAUUUAAUUCUUUUUUAAUAAGUAUGUGCAUAAAUGUAAAGUUUUCAGCAUUUUUCUGGCAUCAAUUUUUUAACCAUUUAUUCAUCUUCAGGUAUCUGUACAUCAGAGCUAAAGAAUAAUCACCUUCUAGAGGCAUAGCGUAGGUUAAAAAAAAAGUUGUUAUACAGAAUGGCUAAAUGAUUACAUGUUUAUUCCUUUAAAAAAGAGGAUGACAGGGCUUUACCUCUCCCACCACUACUGGAGUGCAGUGAUCUCUAGAGAAGCAUGUAGGAGCUGUCUACAAGCAUUAAAUAAUAGUUCCAGCAGUUUGCAUUGUGUCCUAAUACAAAUUUUACUGGAAAUUGCUUAGGAAAUCUGGAGAUCUUCUGCAAUACUUAAAUAAGUUAUGUUACAAGUCUUCUCUGCAUGUACUGUGACAUAUCAGCGCGAAGUGCAGAAUCUUGCACUGGAGGUUACACCAGGGCUACCAUUUUUCUCGUGGUAAAUUCGAUUUUUCUAGGUAUGAUAUCUGUGUACUGGAGAGAAGAGUGCCACCUACUGAACGGCUAACGAAAUAAACACCUAAGACAGAAAAAGCUCCCAAGUGCUUUUACAACUACUGUCUUUCAUCUGUAUUUCUUCACUUUUACUGAAAAACAAAAGCUGAGCGUUUCAAUCUGAAAUUACAGAAAUUUUUCAUACCUGUUUGUUAUUUUGUUGCAAGUCAAGAGAGAAAAAUGCAUAAUUCUAAAUACAUUACUUUGUCCAAACGCACAAUGGGAUUAUCCUACAAAAAGGGAACAAAACAUCACUUGAUUCACACCUCGACGGUGUAUUGGAACAUUGUUCCUCCGUGCUCCUGACAGUGAUCUGUUUUUUCCCCAGUGUUUUUAUCCAACUAGUUAGCUAUAAGAUUUUCCCUUUUCCCCAGUGCAGGAUUCCCCUCACUCAGUGACUCCUUAAGAUUUUAGGGUAGCUCUUUAUAUAGCAGUUGUGUUACAGAUCUUUGAUAAGCACAGUGAUGCAUCAGCUUGAAAUAUGGAAAAUGAGAUUCAUCACCAGAAAUUCAUUUUAAAUAAAAAUUUAUACAGGAUAGUAAAAAUGAGUACUUUUUACAACCUCUAUUUAAUGAAGUACUUAGAUUUCAUAAUGUCACUGGAAAAUACAUUAACUAUUUUAUAUUGCAAGGUCAAUUUAUAAAUAUUUUAACGUGAUUUUUGUAUGUGAUGCUUUCAUGAUACUAAAGUUAGAAAUGGAGCAGUGGGUGAUUUUAAAAUUGGGUCAGUGGUAAUAUUAAUUUCCAGUCAUACUUCAUUGUAGAAAAAAACGAUCAUCAUAGCUGAUACUAGCAUCUAUAUGCAUCUUUCAUCUUUUUCAAUACCCUGGAUAACUGAAAAUCUCAGCCAGUGACUAUCUGGACUCAGGUUCUAUCUUAGCUGUUAAUUUCCAGGAAACAUUUACUUUUUUGUUGUAGUAACUUGCAGAAUAGAAAGUCUGGCAUAACUGCAAUUAUAAUGCUACAGUUACACAACCGCAGUAUCAUUCUGGCAGAAUAGAGGCAUCCUCUAACAUGUAAUUUUCUUCCCUUCUUUGUCCCCUUUCCUUCUCCCUCACUCUUCCUCCAAGUCAAUGUUCUUCCCCAUCCUGUGCGUCAUAUUUAGAUGCAAGAUACACACUCCACAAGAGAAGCGUCCUUCACAAAUAGCCCCAGAAUAAGUAUCCAAAUGCAUAUAUGCUUACUUCCAGUCUCCAGUCCACUAGGUAGAAAAUUUAAACAUAUAUGUGCCCAUGAAAUUAAUAACAAUUUCCAUAGCCUGGAAGGAGGGAAGAUAGUCUCUUCCAUUCAAGCAACUGAAAAUAUUGCUCCUUCAGUGUGAAAACUGAACUGCUUUAUCACCUAAAAGUAAGCAAAGCUAACCACGUUCACUAUAGUAAUUGUAAGUUGCAGCCACUGCAGACAGAUGGUAAAUUCUUUAAGACUAUAGGAAAAAAUCUGAAUUCACAGGGAAAACUAUAAACUUUAUUUCCAUGUUUUCCAGUGUUUCAUACCCGAUGAAGAUUUUUGCGAAGAUUUUUUUUUUGAACUGCCAAAUCUGUUUUGAUUAGAAGGAAGAGUUUUUACUACAAACUGAUACAAGAUGACACUUCCAAGUCAUACUUCUGGAUUAUUGCUACAAGACCUGUGAAAUAGGACUCUUCAGUGUAAUUUCAUGAGCAUGUAUGAAAACAGCUGUAAACUGCAAAUUUAGAACUUCUCCAAAGAGCUGAAAAGUAUUCACAGAGGAUAUAGGAAAAAAAUCAUUUUAACUCUUUUCGUCCAAUAAAGAAUGUGAAAAUCUG